UGCCCACUUUAGCUCCUGAAACUGAAAUGACUUCUCUGACUUUGUCACAACGAUGUUUUAGUAUGGAGCACUGAAACAUAGAGGAAUAAAUGGAGUUUUAUCUGGAGAUAGACCCUGUAACUUUGAACCUGAUUAUACUUGUGGCUAGUUAUGUUAUUCUAUUAUUGCUUUUCCUUAUUUCAUGCGUUUUAUAUGAUUGCAGAGGUAAAGACCCCAGUGAGGAAUAUGGUCCUGAGAUGGACCAACCCAUCCAGUCUCCAAUCCAGUUGGUGGUGAUGCAAAACACAGUGGAUGCUCGCUGCAUUAACAACAAACCCACCAUCACAGAGCAUAAGUGUGAGCUCCCGGGAUCACGAAGCACUUUGGUCUAGAAGAGACCGGUAGGAAAACUGAAAAGGCAGUCACCACUCUGCAUCGAGGCUUGAUGCUGAUCACUUCCAUUUUAAUUGCCCAUGGAUGUACAGGUACCUUGAUGAACGUGCUUAAUAUAUUAGAGGAAAGAGUGGACGAUAUUUGGGCUGAAACAAGUCUUUCCUGCCGUUAUCUUCUGGUACUUCAAAUAUUCUUGCUGACAAUAAAAUUUCAUGUGCUCCCAAGACAUAGCCAAAUAGUAGCAGUGCCAAGGUUGGUUUAUGUAUCAACUGCAAGAAGCCAAGACAGCAACAACUGGAUAGGAACAAGGCCCAUCCAUUACCAUUGGUCAAUAGGAUAUAAAGGAUGUCAAUCACUUUCCCUAUCCAGGAGUAACAUCUCCAAAGAAGGUGAUGUAGAAGUUGACAUCAGUAUAAUAAUUCCCAAAACUGCAUCAAUCUUCCAGCAGCUCCAAUACAGUCUAGGCUUCCAACAUCACUACAUGGCCAUGAAACUUCGACUCUACAUUCCUACAGAACUGGAAAUUGCAAUCUGCAUCGGCAAGACACGGAAGAGAAGAACAAAAGAGUCAUGUAAGUUAGACAUCUUGCACCAGCACUGCCUAUUGCAAGAUUCCAAGCAUCAAAUGACAAGACAGAAUCACCAACGAAGAAGUGCUAAUAAGGACUGGUGAGAGGCCCCUGCAGGACAUCGUGACAGAGAGAUGACUGAUACUGACAUGAGGUGAUGAUAAAAUUCAGCUUCAACCCUCAUGAAUCUUCCAAAGUGAUCUCACUUUGCAUGUUGUUCUUUGUAAGAGUAGGAGGCUAUGUUUGAGGAUUUGGAAAAUAUCGGAAAUCAGAUUUACGAACUUCUGACCUUUUAACUAAACACCACCUGAAAUAAAAAAUCUACUUGACAGAUUGCUGCAUAAAACCAAUUGUCACAAGAAAUAUUAAAACAGAAAGUGCUGAGUAUACUCAGAAGGUCUAGUAGUAACAAUGGAGAGAAAAAUAGUUAACACUUCAAGUCAAUGCCCUUUCAUCAGACCUGAUAAAAGGUUAUCAACUUGAAACACUUAUUACUUUUCUCUCUUUAUGAUACUGCCAGAACUGUUUAGCAUUUACAGCAUUUUCUGUUAUUUCCAACUUCCAACACCUCAGAGUACAAUGGGAUCUUGAUCAGG